CUGCAGUGACUGUGUUUCGUAUAAAUGAGCAGCUCUCUUCCUCUGGGCUUUACCACUGUCCCUGCACAUUGUGGAUUCUCUGUUUUCAGGGGAUUUUUUCGGAUUUGUGUGAGUCUUUACCUUUCGCUUUCACUUCUUCACACGUUGAGUUCGUGCCAGCAGUCGUUGCGCAAGGACAAUAAGGAAACCCGUACAUUUUCCGUCAUGGCCGGCAUCAGCAGCUCAAACACAGAUUUCGCCUUGAAACUGUUCCGCACUCUGAGCGAAGCAAAUCCAGCCGGGAACAUCUUUGUCUCCCCGUUUAGCAUCAGCUCCGCCCUGGCUAUGGUUCACCUGGGGGCUGAAGGAGAUACCGCUGCUCAGAUGGCAAAGGCCCUCUCAUUCAGCUCUGGUAAAGACGUCCACGCAGAUUUCCAGUCUCUAAAUGCUGACAUCAACUCGCCAUCUGCAUCAUACAUCCUGAAACUAGCCAACCGCCUGUACGGAGAAAAUACUGCCAACUUCCUCCCGAAAUUCCUCGCAGCUACACAAAAGUACUACAAGGCAGAUAUGAAAGCUGUAGAUUUUAUCGGAGCUGCAGAGGCGUGCAGAGCGGAGAUCAACGGCUGGGUCGAGCAGCAGACAGAAAACAAGAUUAAAGAUCUUCUGAAGUCAGGAACAGUCACGCCUAUGACAAGGUUGGCCCUGGUUAAUGCCAUCUACUUCAAGGGAAACUGGAUGAACCGCUUUGAUGAGGCAAACACCAAAGAGAUGCCCUUUAAACUCAACCAGAAUGAAUCUAAGCCGGUCCAGAUGAUGUACCAGAUGAAGAAGCUGCCCUACAACUUCAUUGAUGAGCACGGCCUGCAGAUCCUGGAGCUGCCGUACGUGGAUGAGGAGCUCAGCAUGUUCAUCCUGCUGCCUGAGGAGGCCGCUGAUGGCUCUGACCCUCUGCUGAAGCUGGAGAAGGAGCUCACACAGGAGAAGCUGGACGAUUGGACCAAGAGGGAAAACAUGGACGUCCACUCUGAAGUCCUCGUUCACCUGCCAAGGUUCAAGCUUGAGGAAGACUACGAGCUGAACGAGCCUCUUUCCAAACUGGGCAUGACGGACGUGUUCUGCUCUGCGAAGGCUGAUUUGUCUGGCAUGAACGGUGAAGGAGGACUCUUCCUGUCCACGGUGGCCCACAAAGCCUUCGUGGAGGUGAACGAAGAGGGGACGGAGGCGGCUGCAGCCACAGCGGGAAUGGUAUCAUUCUGUAUGUUGAGGGAGGAACACUUCACAGCAGACCACCCCUUCCUCUUUUUCAUCAGGCACAAUAAGACCAAGUCCAUCCUCUUCCUUGGCAGGCUCUCGUCUCCUCAGUAGACAGACACAGCCGAUGAUAAAUGUUAAACCAACUAAAAUAAAAAACAUGCAAAAUC